AGGAGCUGAGCAUGGAGAGCAGGGAGGACAAAUCCCCACGGCAGAACCUGGUGGAAGAGGCUGUUUUGAGUGGCUCCACGGUGCAGGAACCCAACGGGGAGGAAAAGCCCCAGAGAUCCCGCACGAGGAGGGGCUGCAAACGCAGAUGGCAGGGAUCUGAGGGGGAAAGAGCCAGCCUGGGCCGGGAAGGCGGCCGGAGAUGGAGCCAGAGCUCGGAGCUGGUGCUUCAUGAGCAGCUCCAUGAUGGGGAGAAGCCCCACACGUGUGGGGAGUGUGGGAAGAGCUUCAGGAGGAGCUCCAACCUGAUCAUGCACCAGAGGACCCACACUGGGGAACGGCCCUACGAGUGUGAUCAGUGCAGGAAGAGGUUUCAGACCAGCUCCAAUCUCCUCCUGCACCAGCACACUCACACAGAGGAGAGGCCCUUCCGCUGCCCCGACUGCAGGCAGGGCUUCAGGCAGAAUGCCCAUCUUGUCACGCACCGACACAUCCACACUGGGGAGAGGCCCCACGAGUGUGAGGAAUGUGGGAAGAGCUUCAGCCGGAGCUCCAACCUGAUCAGGCACCAGAGAACCCACACUGGGGAGAGGCCUUACGAGUGUCGGGAGUGUGGGAAGAGCUUCAGCUGGAAUUCCAACCUGAUCCUCCACCAAAAGAUCCACACUGGGGAGAGGCUCUACGAGUGUUCUAAGUGUGGGAAGAGGUUUCAGAGCAACUCCGAUCUCCUCAAGCACUAUCAGAUUCACAGAGAGGAGAGGCCCUUCCAGUGCCCUGACUGCGGGAAGGGAUUCAAGCACAGCUCCACCCUCAUCACCCACCGGCGCAUCCACACUGGGGAGAGGCCCUACGAGUGUCCCCAGUGUGGGAAGAGCUUCAGCUGGAGCUCUAACCUGACCCAACACCAACGGAGGCACCGAGGUGAGAAGCCCUACAAGUGCUUGGAGUGUGGGAAGAGCUUCAGGCAGAGCUCUUACCUGAUCCAGCACCAGAUGAUCCACACUGGGGAAUGGGCCUUCGAGUGUGGGGAAUGUGGGAAGGGCUUCAGCUGCAGAUCCAAGCUCCUCAAUCACCAACACAUCCACACUGGGGAGAGGCCCUACGAGUGUCCUGAGUGUCAGAAGAGGUUUCAGACCAGCUUCCAUCUCCUCAGGCACCAGCUGAUUCACACGGAUGAGAGGCCCUUCCGCUGCCCUGACUGCGGGAAGGGCUUCAAGCACAACUCCACGCUCAUCAGGCACCGGCGCAUCCACACUGGGGAGAGGCCCUACGAGUGCACCCAGUGUGGGAAGAGGUUUCAGACCAGCUCCGUUCUCCGCCUGCAUGAGCGCAUUCACACGGAUGAGAGGCCCUUCUGCUGCCCUGAGUGCAGGAAGAGCUUCAAGCAAAAUGCCCACCUCAUCACCCACCGGCGCAUCCACACUGGGGAGAGGCCCUACGAGUGUCCCCAGUGUGGGAAGAGGUUUCACACUAGCUCCAGUCUCCUCCUGCAUGAGCGGAUUCACACAGAGGAGAGGCCCUUCCGCUGCCCUGACUGUGGGGAGGGCUUCAAGCGCAACUCCACCCUCAUCAGGCACCGGCGCAUCCACACUGGGGAGCGGCCCUACGAGUGUCCCCAGUGUGGGAAGAGCUUCACCCAGAGCUCUCACUUGACCAGACACCAACAGAUGCACCGAUAAGGGAAGCCCUGCAAAUGCCCCCACUGCAGUGCUCUUCAUGCACUGCUCCAGCUUCAUCCCCUAUUGGAGGUCCCACGUUGGGAAGAGCCCUGGUUAUCCGUGUUCCCCAUGAUCCAUGCUGGCAAGACACCUGUACCUUUUCCUGCCCCUGCCAGUGACAUGAUGUGGGAUUGAAGAACAUGAGGGUCUGGCCGUGGCCGUGACAUUACAUUCACUCCCACCUCAGGUCAUUGCCAGGGGCAGGAAAGGGACUCUCUCUCUCCCUGAGGAGAAGGGUGUCCUUUCCAGGCAGGAGGAAAUACAUGGCCAGGAAGAGCCAGCCGUUGAUGUUGUAGUUUUCCCUGUAAGUUGAUUUUCUUAUUCCUUCUGUUAUCAAUAUUGUUUCUGUUCCUCUUUGUUCUUUAUCUUGUU